GUGCGUAAUUUCCGGUUCUAACAGACAGAAAUAACUGUGUUCGCCGGGAGGUCCAGGGUCAGCUUAAAAAGUGUAUAUUGCGAGCCACUCGGUCAAUGAGAAUCGUUGUUAAAGGUAUACUGAUCCAAGAUCAGGAAUUUUAAUGCGUUUUUACUUUCAUAAUUCACGUUGUGUAAAACACUGCCACCACUUCCGCAUUGAGAUCUUGACAAACUAGCUCAAUAUCAUGGCAGUGGGCCUAAUAUCGUAUCAGACUUUGAGUUGUCGACUGUUAAACCGUAUGAUUUCGCACCAAAGCGUGAGCACAAUCUGCAGCUUUACACGCGCUUUAUCGAGAAAGACUGGCUCUCCGUACACAGAUCUCUCACCACGGACAGUCCACGGGCUGGUAAAUCUAUGCGGGAGUUGGACGUGCCGGACAUCACAGUGGUUGUCUUUUUACGACUCAAGAUCAUUCUCGUCUUUACCUCCACCGCCCCCUUCUGGUGAUAAAACCAAAAAGACAGGGCCAGUGACUUGGAAAUCAUUAGCAAUAACAUUUGCAUUCGGGGGUGUUCUCCUUGCCGGAAUGAAAUAUUUCAAGAAGGAAAAAGAAGAAUUGAUUGAAAGAGAAAGGACAAAGUCAAUGGGGAAACCAGCACUUGGGGGUCCAUUCUCUCUUGUGGAUCAGAAUAAUAAACCCUGUAAAAGUGAGGAUUUCCUCAGCCAGUGGGUCCUUAUCUACUUUGGGUUUACACACUGCCCUGACAUCUGUCCUGAUGAAAUCGAGAAAAUGAUUGAGGUGGUGGAUGAAAUAGACAGGAUACAGUCUCUUCCAAACCUGACCCCCAUCCUCAUCACCAUUGAUCCUGACAGGGACACACCUGAGGCCAUGGGGACAUAUGUGAAAGAGUUCUCCCCUAAGCUCAUUGGCCUGACUGGGACAAUGGCCCAAAUUGACCAGGUCUCUCGAGCCUACAGAGUCUACUACAGCCAGGGACCAAAGGAUGAAGACAACGACUACAUUGUCGAUCACACAAUCAUCAUGUACCUGGUUGGUCCGGACGGAGAGUUCAAAGAGUAUUUUGGACAGAACAAGAGGAGCGCUGAGAUCUCCUCUUCCAUUGCAUCACACAUGAGGAAGUACAAGAAGGGGAAUUAAGAGGUGAGAUGAAGGAGAACUGGUCAAGUGCACUGUCUGUGUCUGGGAACACAUCUUAUGUGCCUCUCACAGCCUUCAGAGACCGUGAGCAGCCUCAGGCCCAGCAGCCUCUGGCCCAGCAGGACUGAACAAUUGUUUUUCGAUGUAAAAUAUGAGAGCCAAACAUAAAUACUUGAUUUUAAGUACCUAAAGAAAUGUAACUACCAUAAAAUGUAGGGGGAAAGUAUUCCUUGGAAAUCAACACUGAAGAACUAAAGGUUUCCAGUGUUUGCCCUUGGACACUCCUAAUGGAAAAAAACAUGAAUCGUUGUCAUUGUGCAGUUCCAGUUCCACUUUACUUCCUUUACACUAAUUCUCCUUUUUAGCCUUUCUGUUAAGUCUGGCCCAAUACCUGGACUUGUCUCAGUGACACCAGAAACAUUUAUGCACUGUAAUAACUCUUUGGUUACUCGAUUUGUACUAUUCAUAAAUCAGUCAUAUUUCAACUGAAUUUCAAAAGUAAUGUUUAAUUUAUUAAACUUGGACUUACAGUUA